AUAUGUUGGUAGGCUUUUUUUUUUUUUUUUUUUUUUUUUUUUUGUGAAGAGUACUAGUAAGCCAGUUGAAAUACUUCCAAAACUGAAUGAAUUGGCUAGAUUUGCUCCUGACCAAGAAAUUGACCUUUUUGAGGAAAUAAAAUUUGAACCUUCUGUCAUGUGUGAAAGACUGGACAAAAAGGCUUCAUUUCGAUUUAGCCAGAUUGAAGAUGGUGACAUUAUAUGCUUUCAAAAGAAAGCUUCUCCUGAAGUUGAAGAACAAGUCCGAUUUCCGGAUGUUCCUUCAUAUCUGGAAUAUGUAAAAAAUCGCCAGAUUGUCCACUUUCGAGCACUGGAGAAACCGAAGGAGGAUGAUUUCUGUCUGGAGUUAGCAAAAAGUGAUACAUAUGAUGAUGUAGUGGAGAGAGUGGCGCAACGGCUUGGUGUGGAUGAUCCCUCCAAAAUUAGGCUUACUUCACACAACUGCUACUCUCAGCAACCCAAGCCUAACCCCAUCAAAUAUCGGUCCGUGGAUCAUUUGGUAGACAUGCUAAUCCAUUACAAUCAGAUUUCUGAUAUUCUUUAUUACGAAGUUCUGGACAUUCCUCUGCCAGAAUUACAAUGUCUGAAGACGCUUAAAGUUGCUUUUCAUCAUUCUACGAAGGAUGAGGUUGAAAUUUUGAAUGUAAGAUUGCCUAAGCAGAGUACCGUGGGGGAUGUUCUUAAUGAAAUCAAAUCAAAGGUAGAGUUGUCCCAUCCAAAUGCAGAGCUUAGGUUACUGGAAGUCUUCUAUCACAAGAUUUAUAAGAUCUUUCCGCUCACUGAAAAGAUUGAGAAUAUAAAUGACCAGUAUUGGACAUUGCGGGCAGAGGAGAUACCAGAGGAGGAGAAAAAUCUUGGUCCCCAUGAUCGUCUAAUUCAUGUUUACCAUUUCACGAAAGAGACUCCACAAAAUCAAAUGCAAGUGCAGAAUUUUGGAGAACCUUUCUUUCUGGUCAUCCAUGAAGGUGAAACUUUAGCGGAGAUUAAAGUGCGCAUUCAAAAGAAAUUGCAGGUUCCAGAUGAGGAGUUUUCUAAGUGGAAAUUUGCAUUUUUAUCAUUGGGGCGCCCGGAAUACCUUCAGGAUUCGGACAUUGUAUCUAGCCGCUUUCAGAGGAGAGAUGUUUAUGGCGCUUGGGAGCAGUACCUUGGAUUGGAGCAUGCAGAUAAUACAUCUAAGAGGCCAUAUGUUAGUCAGGUAAAUUCUCUAGGUCUUAUGGCUUCUGCAUAACUCCAAGAUACUAGG